AAAACCCUAAUCUUCAUGCAUAUAUAUAAAAGCUCUCCGUAUUCGUCGUCUUAAGGGUACUUAACUAAACCUAUCGACCGAAGCUUGGAGAGAUCAUAAUAUAAAACAGAGAUGAGGGUAAAACUUAAGUUUAUUUUAGUUGUUAUCAUGGUGGUGAUGAUCACUGUAUGCUCUUGUUCGGAUGCGAGGACUACCAUUCCCCAAAAAAAUAAUCAAGAAAAGGAGAAAAUAUACCGAAAGAUGACAGGGAAAGAAGAAGAUCUAACUGAGAAAAUAGAACACCCCAGAAGCAGUGUAGACAAUCACCAUUACAUCCCAAGACAAGAUUUCAACAACUACGGACCUGGAGGCGAUAACAAUGGAAAUGGCGGGGGAUAAUUAAAUCAAAUCGUUAAAAACUAAAUCAAUAUAUAUAUAUAUAUAUAUAGAUGUCAAAUAAAUAUAUAUUAUAUAGAAAAUAAAACAUGGCUGUAUGUCUAUGUGAAAUUAUACUGUAUGAGGCCAGCACACUGUAUGAAUCCUCUUAUGUUUAAUAAAUGAUAAGCCCUUCUAGUUAUGA